GGCGGGCCACGACGCACGCGAACCAGCGAGGCAUCGGGACACCGCGCGUUCCUACGUGGGCGCUCUGGAUCCCGCGGCGUCUUCCGGCGGCCUUGAGGUCGCCACUCUGGCCGCUCUGGCUCGCCUGGCGCUGGGUGGGCGGCACAGCUGCGCCCACAUGAACCAGUGGCAUUGUGGCCGCAAUGGUCGCGGUCGGGGCCGAGACUUCGCCAGCCGUGCCGCACCCAAGAAGAAGGUCAGCAACCACAUCCCGGAAAGAUGGAAAGACUAUCUUCCAGUUGGACAGCGGAUGCCUGGGACUCGUUUCAUUGCUUUCAAAGUUCCUUUGCAAAAGAAAUACGAAGCAAAGCUUAUGCCAGAAGAAUGUUUUUCUCCUUUGGAUCUUUUUAAUAAAAUUCAAGAACAAAAUGAAGAGCUUGGAUUGAUAAUUGAUUUAACAUAUACGCAGCGCUAUUAUAAAGCAGAGGAUUUGCCAGAAACUAUUUCUUACAUAAAAAUUCUUACAGUUGGCCAUCAGGUACCCAACAGCAACACUAUUUUUAAAUUCAAAAGUGCAGUUAAAGAGUUUUUAAAGAAAAAUAAAGACAAUGACAAACUUAUUGGUGUCCACUGCACCCAUGGCUUAAACAGGACUGGCUACCUCAUUUGCCGAUAUUUGAUUGAUGUAGAAGGCAUGAGGCCAGAUGAUGCAAUUGAAUUAUUCAACAGGUGCCGGGGGCACUGCAUAGAAAGACAGAACUACAUUGAAAGCCUGCAGAAUCGUCAUGUCAGAAAGUACCGGAAUGUUAGUACAUCUAGGUCAGGUGGUCUUGAAGACUCAGCACAUCUUAUGGACCAAGUCAACAGCACUAACAAGCCUGUGAGCCAAGGACCUCGGAACAACCAGCCUGCGGGUCGUCCACCACCUUCCCGGCAUUUUCAUACCCAGACCCAGAAUGCACAGCAGUCGUUCAGAAAAUUUUCACAAAACAAGAGUGUUUACCAGAGAGGCCUCAUCCCUCCUCCUGGUCCAGCUGGAGAGGACUAUUCACAAAGAAAAUUCUUCUGGAACCUGAAGCCAAAUGGCAGUCAAGCAACCCAGAAUAAAAAGUGGACUUCUGGUAGUUACCAGAGACCUUUCUACCCAGCUUACUGGGGAUGGACCCAGUGAGGCCCACCUGGCGUGGCUGUUGCAGGGGCCAUCUGCAAUCAGAGCUGAGCAGAAGACAGCUGAAUGACUUUUAAUAAAAUCAGGUCAAAGGAAUUAAACAUUUUUUUAAACAUUUUUUUAACUUUUUAAAAUCUUUGAUUACUCUUUAGUGUGUGUUCAGUUUAAAAAUGAAUUGUAUUGCCGAUGGAUGCACAGUGGUUUUAGGAGUCCAGAACGCUUCUCAUUCCAGGCUUCAGCUUUUCUCAAAGAUUUCUGAAUGGAUACACUAUUAUGAAUUCUUUUAAUUGCCUUUUAUUUUUCCUGUAUGUUUCCUCUGCCCAUGCUUGUAAUAUGUGUGUAGGGACAAAGGUUCAUAGUGUUUCACCAUGCUGUUACUGACACAGUCUUCAAGGGCUUCUUUUUUCCUGACUGUUCAAAUUUUCUACUAAAAAUCUAGCCAGUAGACAAUUUCUUUGCCACCUACUCUAUGUUUGUGGGACUAUGAUCAGUGCUCUUUCCUUGGUGGUUGGUGUUGAAAUUUGAUCAGCUUCUUACUGAACUACCAGGUCAGCCAUUUAACCCAUAGAAAGUAGUUUGUUAAGUUAGACAAGAUAACCAGCGUGCUGGUUAAAUUAUAAUUUAUCUGACAGGUCGAAGUGCUACCAACAGGGUAGAACUGUCCAGAUCUAAAGGUUGAUCUUAAAGGUUGAGCAGACUAGGUGUCUGGGAAGACAGGGUGGUGCUGACCCUAGGACCUCUGUUAAGGAUCUGUCCAGUGCCCCCCCCCCCCCCACUGGAAUGGUGCUCAUCCUCUGGAACACACUUCAGGCUACUUGGAGGUGCUAAUUACUUCAGCUGUAGAAAUCACUCAGGAAGUUACUCAUCUUGACACGUCAUUUGGUGAAUGCCUAGGCAACUUGGCUUCCAUCUUUAAAACCUCUGAUUUUUGAGGAUUUGUAAAACUGACCAACUGAUGCUACACAUGGUAGUUAUUUUCUCUCCGUGUAUGAACCUGUGGCGCCUGACCCUGGGGAAGCCCAGCAGUUCAUCUGUUCUGGCCUGGGCUAAUUUGCUCAGUCAGAUUGCCCUAUGCUCAAGUGAUGGCUCUUAAGGUUUGUCUCUACUCACCACAUGUAACAGAUUCAGAGUGCUUCUUGCUACAAGCCUCCCCUCUACUGCAGAGUUCUUCCCCAGAAUGCACUGUGAAAGUGCAUUUGUAAGAAACUGGAGGACAAAACUGGGUCAGAUGGAGGCCUGCAAUCUCUGUGAGGGAUGGACCCUUUUGGUUUGACUCCUUCCUGGAGCUUCUUAAAUGUUCAGGUUAGGUUCCAUGUUCUGUUGGUAGAGUAUCAGACAGGCAAUGCAAUGCAUAGGAAUUUUCUGUUUCUCAUAGUUCUGGAUGCAGGGAAAGGUGAAGGAGUCAGCGAGAAUUGGUUUUUGUAGAUGGCUAGUGCCUCACUGUUUUCAUGUGGUCUCUGUGUCUCACUACAUCUCUUCCCCAUCAGUCCCUGCUUCCCUCUCUGGAUGUGCUGAGACAGGCACAGAUGCUCUGAGGCUGAGAUGCUCCUAGUACUCUUCUCAAGGAUGUCAGUCAUUAGAUCAGGGCUCACCCUAGAGCCUCUUUAAAGACUUGGGUGUCCAAAUGCAGUGGUAUUUCAGAUGCUAGAGCUUAGAGCUUUAACAUGGGAUUUUGAGGAAGCACCACUGGGUCUAAAGGAAGCACACUGCCCAUUGGACACACCUAGGACACAGCUCCUGACCUGGGCUCUCUUCCCUCCUGUCAUUUCUUAGAACCCUCUUUAAGUCUCCUGGGUCCCCAGGUACGAUGUUGAUGACUGUAAUUUCCUAUUUGAUAGCUUCUCAGGGCUGGAUGGGAUGUAAAUGGUUUGAACAGAUGAAUCACAGAAAUGCAUCUAUUUGAUUCUUUCUCUGCUCCUGUGGCUAUAGUUUCAGGUGGGCACUUCAGUACAUCCGUUCCUGUUUGGGACUUUCACUGAAACCCUGUAUCUUCUGAUCUAGAACCUUUGUCUGUGCCCUGUGAUUUUUCUCUUGAAGUCUUAGGGUCUUCUUUAUCUCAGAUGUUACAAUAUGUUUUUUGUCUACAAUAAUAUAUACCAAGUGGGCCCUUUCAAUCUGGUAAAUUGCAAGAAAAAUUUUUAAGAUUUAUUUAUGCAUCUUGGUAUUGUGCCUGUGUUUAUGUUUGUGUGAGGAUGUCAGAUUCUCUGGAACUGGAGUUACAGACAGUUGUGAGUUGUCAUGUGGGUGCUGGGAUUUGAACCUGGGUCCUGGAACAGCAGCCAUUGCUCUAACUGCUGAGACAUCUUAUUUAAUGAUAGUGUAUUAGCAUUAACCCUUAACCCUAAGGCAACUUCUCAUUGGACAUUGGAUUUCUUUCCUGAAACUUCUGAUUAAAUUAUAUGUUUUUAUUUAACA